AUGUCGAGGGAAAACGCGACCCCGUAAGAUUAAAUAUAAAAGAAAAUUAUGUACUUUUUGGAUAGUUUUGCGCAAAGAUUUUAAAAAUUUGUGUGGUAAACUAAGGUCUUGCCACUUUUCGGUUUUAAAAAAAUUUUUGCUAUUUUUUGAGUUGUAAGUAAAGUUCUGGCCAUUUUUUCGUUUGUAAAGAAAGUUUUCGCCAUUUUUCGUUCUGUAAAGAAAUUUCUUCCCAUUUCUGAGUUGUAAUUAAUUUCUGGCCAUAUUUUUGUUUGUAAAUAAAGUUCUUGCUAUUUUUUGUUUUGUAAAGAAAGUUUUUGCCACUGUUUUGUUUUGUAAAUAACGUUCUUGACAUUUUUUGGUUUGUAAAGAAAGUUCUUGCCAUUUUUGUUUUGUAAAUAACGUUCUUGACAUUUUUUGGUUUGUAAAGAAAGUUCUUGCCAUUUUUCGUUUUGUAAAGAAAGUUCUUGCUAUUUUAUAGCUUGUAAAGAAAGUUCUUGCCAUCUAAUGCUCUGUAUACAAAACUCAUGCCAUUUCAUAUCCUGUAAAGAAAUUUCUUGCCAUUUUCAGUUUAUUAAAGACAGUCCUGGCCAUUUUUCGUUUUGUAAAGAAAGUUCUUGCCAUUUAUUAUGUAUGAGAGUACUUAAGAGUUUGAAAGGAUAGCGUAGAUCAGUUUUAAGUCUGUUUAUAAUACCACAAUUUUUUCAAUUUUCAGGAGAGCUACAAGGCAUUUAGCCUCGACACCGGCGCUGAACGCGAGCCGGGCGGCCCAGAAGAAAAGGGAGGAGGCGAACAGAGGGAGACGAGGGAGCGGCUGGCCCGGGACUUUGCCCAAGCAACCGGCCAAGUACAACCGGCCGAGCGCAGGUAAAUAGUUUUUUUUAUUAAAAAAUUUUUCGCGCUUAAUUUACUUCUUAUUUCUUUCCCCCUUAUCGUACAAGGACUUUUUUGCCCUAUUUCUCCUCCCAGGGACGUCGCUACGGAUUUUCUCUAUUCCUCCUCCCACCUUCUCCCACAAACUUUUUUUUACUCUAUUCUCGUCCACUCCCUCACAAUAGUAGCAUUUUGGCCAUUUUAAGCGUUUUAAAAAAAGUCUUUAUCAUUUGAUUUUUUGUAAAAAAGUUAUUGCCAUUGGUUUUGUACAUAAUUUUUUUUACUAACAAAAAUUUUGCGUUUUUUAUGUGUGAGAGUACUUAAGAGUGGGAAAGGAUAGCGUAGAUCAGUUUUAAGUCUGGUUAUAAUAUCUAUUUUUUCAAUUUUCAGCAGAGCGACUAGGCAUAUCUUGGGCCGCCGGCUGUGAACGGGAGGAGAAGAAAGAGAGGCUGGCUGAGGCCUUCGCCCAAGCCGGCCAGCCGACGCCACCACCGCCCGAACCAGGUAGAUAACUGUUUUUUAGGCUAAUUUUUCGCUCAAGCUUUAAAAAAUGCUAUUUUUUGUUUGAAAUUGAUAAUUUUUUAAAAUUUUACUGCAUGAUACUGUAGAAUAAAAAUUAAAAAAUGAUUAAAACGUGAAAAACAAAUUACUGUAGACUUUGAAGGCUCUUAAAAUCCGGGUUACUGUAACUAAAAAAGCUUUGCAAAAUAGGAAUUACUGUAGCAAAGCCAAGAAACAAUGUUACUGUAGAAUUUUUUUCUUUUCGUUUUUUUCACAGUAAUUCGAGCUUCAUUGUUUUUUUUAAAGUAACCCAGGUUUUCUCUACUUUUUUACAGUAAUCCGGGCUUUUACGAUUUUUUUACAGUAACCCUAAUUAAAAACGUUAAAUUACAACUAUCUUUAACCUACAAUUUUAGAGCCGGCGCAGGCCGAGCGGCCCCACACCAUUGGGCUAAGCCGCAGCGCGGAGGACGUGUAAGUUAACAUUUUUAAACUUUAUAUCGAGGAUUUAUAUAGAAGGAGGUAAUAAGAAAAUUUAGAAAGUAGAAAUAUGACAGUAUAUAUGGGGGAAGGGGAAGCCAAAAAGGUUAGGAGGGGGGAUAAGAAUAUGAAAAAACAUCUGUUAAUUUUGUAAUUUUAUAAUGUUAAUGGUUCCAUCUUUUUAGGGCGAACCCUCCGGGCGCGCAAACGGCAAGGCGCCACAGGAGCCGGAACCCCAGCCGCCACCGCCGCCAGUCCGCCCCAGGUACGAAUUUUUUGUUUUUUUUAAUUUUUUAUUUUUUUAAAUUUUUCAAAAAAUUUUCGAUAUUUUUUCAAAAUUUUUAAUUUUUAACAAAUUUUAUUCUUUAGAUUUUUUUAAAUUAUAAAACCUCUUACGAUUAAAAAAAUCAUAGCUAUAUCUAAUCAUUGUUUUCAGAACCGAGCAGCCCCCAGCCCGCACACCACCCGCCGCCAACACGGUAAGUUAAGCUCAUUUUUACAGAUAUAUGUUAGCAUAUUGACUUGAUAUAAAUAUUAGCAAUCAUUUUGUUUCUCUUCGUAACUUAUUAUUAUUACUUAUUUCAUGACUUGUAUAAUCUUAAUAAAUAUUUAUAAAUUGACCUUAUUUAGCGACUAUCAAUUGUAAUUGUUUUUAAAUUGAAUUUUUUGUGUUACCCUCCCUUCGUCCAAAAAUUUUUUUUCGAAAAAUGUCAGCUUUUCUUUUAAACCAGCUCUCCAACAAGCCCUAUCUUUGCUAAACUCGUCCAGCCUAUUCAAAGCACACCCUGCCUUUUCAAAAAAUUCCUUGCUUUUUCAGAACAUGCCUGUCGAUUCAAAAAAGACCUGUUUUUCAAAAUACACCCUACCCUUUACAAAUGUGUCCCAGUAUGCCAAAAAUCGCCCUAUUUUCCGUAUCCUAGCCUAAUGCCUUUCAACAAACACCCUAAGCCCCGCUCUGGUUCUGAAUAACACCAUUCCCACUCGUCCAAGCCUCUCCAAAACCUAAAAACCAACAAAAAUAAAUGAAAAACUUACUAGCUGCUUUCCAAUAUUGCUUUGAUCAAAGCUCCGAACUUGCCAGCUUACUUAUGUUAUAACUGUCCUUACAAUACCUGAAAUUAUUAAUAUUAUAGAUAAAAUAUUAUUGAUAUAUUUAUACAUUGUUAAUAUUAAAAAAUUUUAGACCGUCCAUCAAGAAGCCUUUAGCAACGCUAAGGUCGACGACUCAAUCGUUAUGGUCCAGGACAAUAAAAAGGUAAGGAAACAUUUUUAAUUCAAUUUUUUUUUCAUCUUUACCUUUUCGAUGAUUUAUCGAACCUUAGCCAUCCCUACACCUUACCUGACCAAGCCCGUCCCUGCCCUACCAUAGCCAGUGCCAAACUGCGCUGUUCUGCACUACCUUACCAUACUUCACUACCGUACCCUUUCCUACCUUAUCUACCAUUCCCUACCCGACACUAUCCUACUCUACCCCAUGCUACCCUACCCUACCGCAUUCUACCCCACCCUACUUUACACUACCCUACCCGAUACUACCCUACACUACCCUACCCUACUGCAAUCUACCCCACCCUACUUUACACUACCCUACCCGAUACUACCCUACACUACCCUACCCUACUGCAAUCUACCCCACCCUACUCUACACUACGCUGCCCUACCCGAUACUACCCUACUCUACCCCACGCUACCCUACCCUACUCUACACUACCUUACCCUAUUGCAUUAUCUACCCUAUUCUACCUUACCAUUCCUUACCGUACCUUAGCUGGCCCCGCACUGAUCGUAUUGACAACAUUUAUAUACGCAUAUUUCAGGACGGCUCGGGCAAAACUAACUGAGAACGGACUUCGAGGACUCACGGAACUGACUUUGAACGAAUAA